AGGCGGAGUCCGCCGGGAAAACGAAACAAGACUGAAUGGGCCUGGCCUAGUCUUCCACCGACCCCAGCAGCCACCGUGAGCAGCAGCCUGGACGCGACCUCAGAGCCCCCAAAUUGCAAUUUGAAUUCUAAGCCAGGGCGCCGGCCACCGUGCAGAUCCAGGAACGCGGUUACUGGGAGGAAACAUGGCCAGUGAUACACCGGGUUUCUACAUGGACAAACUUAAUAAAUACCGCCAGAAGCAUGGAGUAACAAUUACGUAUAAGGAAGUUAGUACUACAGGACCUGCACACGACAGAAGGUUUACAUUUCGAGUUAUAAUAGACGAGAAAGAAUUUCCACAAGCCGAAGGUAAAUCAAAGCAGGAAGCAAAAAAUGCUGCUGCCCAAUGUGCUGUUGACACACUUAACAACGAACACCAGGCAGAUAGUCAUACGGACGCUUUGGAAACUUCAUUAACUGAUAAUUACAUAGGCCUUGUCAAUAGUUUUGCCCAGAAGAACAAGCUGUCUGUAAAUUAUGAACAGCUUGUCCCCGAUCCGCAGUCGCCCCAAAGAUUUAUUUGUAAAUGCAAAAUUGGUUCAACAACGUAUGGUACUGGUUCAGGAGCUACCAAACAGGAGGCAAAGCAGCUGGCAGCUAAAGAGGCAUAUCAGAAGCUUUCAGAGAAGAGCCCAAUGAGAGCUGACAGGGCAUCCUCUGAACCAACCACAUCUUCAUCCAGUGGCCUCUCCAGCAGCUCGUCUAUAACAAGCAAUUUUGCUUUCUCAGAGGAUGCAUCAAAAAGCUACAGGGCCAGCUCUUCUUUUGAAUCCCCUCUCAUGAAUGGUCUCAGAGAAAAAAAGAGGAAGUCAGGAAUGAAACUGUCACCUAAUGAUGCGCUAAGUAAUAAAUAUACCAUGGAGAGCAGGUUUCAGAAGGAUUUUGAAGACAUAGAAGAAAUUGGCUCAGGUGGAUUUGGCCAAGUUUUCAAAGCAAAACACAAAAUUGAUGGGAAGACUUAUGCUAUAAAGCGUGUUAAAUAUAACACAGAGAAGACUGUGCGUGAAGUAACAGCGCUGGCAAGGCUCAAUCACGUCAACAUUGUUCAAUACCAUACUUGUUGGCCGGGAGAGGACUAUGAUCCCGAGCAGAGUGUGGAUAGCGAUUCUAGUCGAUCAAAGACCCAGUGCCUUUUCAUUCAAAUGGAAUUCUGCGAUAAAGGAACUCUGGAGGACUGGAUGGCAAAGGAAGAAGAGCAGAAGAAAACAGACAAAGAUUUACUUUUGGAAUUUUUUGAACAAAUAACGACAGGGGUGAAAUAUAUACAUUCAAAAGCUUUGAUUCACAGAGACCUUAAGCCAGGUAAUAUAUUUUUAGUAGAUGAAAAGCACAUAAAGAUUGGAGACUUCGGCCUCGUAACAGGCCAAAUGGAAAAUGAUGGAAAUCGAACAAAGCAUACAGGAAGUCUUCUAUACAUGAGUCCAGAGCAGCUAUCUUUACAGGAAUAUGGAAAAGAAGUGGACAUCUUUGCUUUAGGUCUGAUUCUAGCGGAACUUCUGCAUAUAUGCAUCACCUUUACAGAAAGAUCAAAGUUUUUCCAAAUGCUAAGAGAAGGCAUCUUCCCCGAUAAUGCAUUUGACAACAAAGAAAAAAACCUUCUAAGGAGAUUGCUCUUGAAGGAACCCAAGGAACGACCUAGUACAUCUGAAAUUCUGAGCAUCUUGGCUGAAUGGAAGAACAACUCAGAGAAAAAGAAAAGACACACACAUUAGGGCCUUCUGAAAGUGUUCCACUUUGGACAUAUGGCCUUCCUUGUGCUACCUAGUCUGAGCUGGAACAUUGGUAGAUACUGUACUUACGUUUUAGGAAACUUAAGGAAAGAAAAACUUGCACAAAAGUUUUUAUUUCAAGAACGUUUUUAAAGUUAAUCUUUGACAAUUCCAUCCAUGUAUUGUAUUCCGACCAUACUCACUUCCACCCUCCUCGGACACCCAACAUGAACUAUGCCCUCUGCUGCGCAUGCCUUAUCAUGUGAACUGCAGCUUCUGACUUUGGGAUUCCAAAUAAAUCUCUUUGUCCUUA